GUCUUGACUCUUGCCUUUUAAAUGUCCAUCAUUCAUAUAGAUUUACAUUUAUACAGUUAAUACAAUUAAAAAAGGUUAAGAAAAUGCAAGCUUAUUUUACUGGCGUUCUUGCCUUUUUUCUUGGGAUCAUUCACAUUACAGGUGGUUUAGUGAUUGAUGGCUGUCCAUUAUUUGGAUGCAGACCAAGCGGAUCUUUUUCGUUUUACCUUCAAGUUCCAAGAGAGAAUGUGACUGUUAAAUGGGUUAGUUCUUUUGUAUUGGAUCCUGUGCCGAAUACACUUGGAUGUGUUGCAGACAGUGUGAAUAUUGUAUGUCCUUCUAACGGACCAUUUUCUGAGGACAAGGGAUACGUAAGCUUAUUUGUCGAAAAUGGAACUAUUCGAUGGCGAGACCGCGUGCUUCACUAUCCUACAUUACCAUUGCUUGACAACUACGGCGACGUCACUGGAUCUGACGGAGAAAAUUUAGUGCACUAUGACCGGAAUGGAAAGCUUUAUCCAAUCAUAAAGUGCUAUGGGUUGAAGCCAAUGUUUAGCAUGCAACUUGUUGGAACCAUGUAUUUAUUACUUGUAUCUGAACAAGGUGGACUUGUUGUGAGAGACACUAAUGCCAUUCCUGUUGCAGAAAUUUUCCUGAAUGAUACAGUUCAACGCUCCAACGGAACGUUUCUACCCAUUUCACAACCAGUGGUCAAUGGCCAAAGAUUUUACUUGCUGACUGAGUUCGUCCCAGAGUCUGAGAACUUCUCCCCGUCCGUUUUGAACCUCCAGCGUUUAUAUGCCAUUGACAUCCAUAACAGACCUGCAGAUAUCAUGACAAUAGCUUGGUUUUACAAUUUUGAAAUGGAACAUACCGAUAUACCCGCAGACACUGUGGUGCCGAGAAGUGAAAAGAUGAAAUAUAUAAUGAGCAGUAUUCAGGCAAAGCAGAAUCUUCUCUGGGACUAUUCAUCUCAGAGUGUUUACGUUUCCUUGCCACCGCCAUACAUGAGCAAUCGACAAUCAACGUUUUGGGGUUUUAGAGAUGAAGGGAAUUCUUCAUCGCUGACAAUUCGUUCACAACUUGACGUAACUCAUUUAGCAACAUUUGAAGCUGAUUCAGAUGUAAAUGACGCCAAUAAUCGGGGUUCAUAUUUAUGGGUCAGUACAAGUGACUCAAAAUUUUGCACAGUUAGAUCCGACGGUAACAUAUCAAGGACAAUCGAUAUAAACUCCAUUUUUGGAACAGAUGUUGUAAUAACAUCAAAAGUAGGUCUUGUCCGAGAGAACGAUACUGCAGACGACAUUCUGUUAUUCGGUGCGAAAGUUACAGAAUCAACAGACAAAUUUCGCCAUGUCAUUAGCGCAUUUCCUAAUGCAAAGUUGAAUGAUGUAUUUUACUUCGUAGCCAUAGAUACAUCUUCCCCCUCCGGACAUAUCCUAUGGUUGAAAGGCUUGCCGGAUACGUAUGAGGUUAAAGGGCAGAUAACUGGAUUAAGUGGCGCUGCAUACAGAGAGAAGGACCAGAUUAUCUUUUAUGCCGACAAUGGAAAAUCUGCUAAAAUAUUUAGCAUUAACUGACACAUUCAGAAGAUAGAUGUAGCUUUAUUUAACUAUUAUAUCAUAAAUGCUCUUUUCAGGAAUUACAGAAAAAAAAUAAACAGUGAAAAAAGUCUAUAUGUUAAACUACUAGUUAUGAAAUGUCUUUUUAUAUAAAAUCUAUAUGAGGAUCCUUUUAAAACAUAGACCAUAACUAAGAAAAACAAGGCAGUCUGAAAGA